GCUAUUACUUCAAAUGUUAUUUAUUUAGUUACACAAAUGAAAUCGUUGCUAAUUUGCAUUUUAUGAUUUGUAGGUUCCUGACCAGGGCAUCUCAACUGUUCGGCAGGAAGAAAAGGGAAGUGUCUGAUGUUGUGGCUCGGCAAGCGAAGGAGAUUGAACAAUUAAAAGUUGAAGUCCAAUCCCUUAAGCAACAGAGGAACGCUGCCGAACAAGAGGAAGAAGGAGAGGUGGCUGGUGAGGCGUAUGUUCCACAACCAUACGCUCCUCAGGAUGAGGUACAACCACAAAUUUAUGCUGAAGAGUUCAUUUCCCUCAACGACCAAGGUAUCCUAUACAAUUUUGAUGACCAUGCGGCCCUUAAUCAGCAAGUACAUCUCUGCUCUGACAACAUCGACAAUAUUGUGGCCCGAGGGUAUUUGUACGAGCAUGUGGGUAAGAUCAAAGUUCACUGCCAGGAUUACGAUGAUUCACAUGCUCGGAUCAUGGUUUCGGAAAUCCUGCAAGAGGACGCUGAAAUCCCAGUCCCAAUUGAAGAGUUCAGAUAUGUUAGGGACGUGUACCAGAUGUUCCUUCCUUGGCCUAAACACUUAAUUUUAACAACCGAGGGUCCACUCGCUCAACCGCCCUCAAGACGUGAUGCGUCAAAGGGGAAAGCUCCGAUGCUUUCUCCACAAAGUCGUGGUGCACGGGAAGAUGAGUUGUUCACGGAAGAGAAGAUGGCGUUGAUCCCUAAUUCGCUAAAAUGGAUGAUUCAUGAAUUCCUAAGGCUCAAAGAUAAACGUGAUAUAAUCACAAUUUCUGUCCCCCGAGGAUUCAUUGCACCGCGUACCCAGAUCAUUUUAUCUGGAGAGGAUUUGCAGCAGGUUGCUACGUGUAACUACAUCGGCAACCAGGGAAUGCUGUUUGGAAUGAUGCACAUAUGGGAGAGCAUCAACGGUCUGAGAAAAAUUUUCAAGUUUUACGACCCAGAGCUUCUCACGGUGCAUGGGAUCAGCGAUGAAGAACAGAGUCAGUCUUUUGACGAUGCGGCAAGACGAUUGGCUAAUUGGUUAUCAUUAAUGAACAGCAACCACCAAAUGUUCUUUAUUCCUUGGAAUAUCGGGAUGCAUUGGACGCUAGUGGUGGUUGCGCCAAAGAAAAUUAUCCAUUUAAACCCUCUAAAAGGCCGCCCAAUUCCCGAAGAAAUAGAACAAAUGAUCGGAAGGGCAUUCAUGUAUAUAGGGGACGCACAUCAGUAUCUUGGCCCGUGGCAAGGAAUUUCACAAGCAAACUGUCCAAGACAACCUAAAAGCCAAGAAUGCGGUUUUUAUGUUUUGAAAUAUAUCACUGACAUCGUCGCACGUGCCAACCCCAACCGUUACAUAGAAGAUCAAAAAGCUUUUGGGGGUAAGAAGCAAUACGAUCCAAAAACAGAAAUUUUACCACUACAGCGAAAGUGGAUCGAACAAUUGAUGGCGGUGAUUCACGGUGACGAUUGAGGUUCAAAGGUCGAAGAAUUUUUCUUCAUUAUGUAAUUUUUAUAGAUUAACUUGUAAUUAGAUUUAUUAACUUAUUAAUUUUUUUAACUAAUUUUACAUGUUUGUGUAAUAUUUAAUUAUUUUUAUGAAAUCAAAUUAUGUUUUUACCCAAAUUUAAUUACUAUUUAAUUUAAAAUGUAAUUAAUAUAUAAUUAAAUUAAAUAAAUAUGUAAUUUAAAAUUUAAAUAAAUAUGUAAUUUAAAUUAAAUAUAAUAAUAUAUAAAUUAAUAAAUAUAAAAUUAAAAUAAUAUAAUUAAAUUAAAAAAAAUGAAAAAAACUGAAAUCUGAGGAGUUUUGGCGUCGGUUCCUACGCCACAUAUGGCGUCGGUUAUUAGCUA